UUCUCCCACAGGUAGGCGGGCAAUCCUUACAGGAUUUAGGCAGGAGGCAGAAAGGAUUAUUGAGAGUGAGGACCUCAACAAAGGUGAACUAUGAGUGUCUCUGCUCUAAGCCUGACCCGAUUUGCAGGCAGCCUCUCUGGCUUCCUCCAAGUGGCCUCUGUGUUCUGUCUGCUCCUGCUGCUGGUGAAAGCUGUCCAGGUCUACCUGCACAGGAAAUGGCUACUCAAGGCUCUCCAGCAGUUCCCAUCACCGCCCUUUCACUGGUUCUUUGGGCAUGAGCAGUUCAAAGGUGACCAAGAACUACAGGAAAUUGUGUCAUGCAUAGAGAACUUCCCAAGUGCCUUUCCUCGAUGGUUCUGGGGGAGCAAGGCCUACUUAACUGUCUAUGACCCUGACUACAUGAAAGUGAUUCUGGGGCGAUCAGAUCCAAAGGCUAAUGGUGCGUACAGAUUGCUAGCUCCUUGGAUUGGGUAUGGUUUGCUCCUGUUAAACGGACAGUCAUGGUUCCAGCACCGGAAGAUGCUAACCCCAGCCUUCCACUAUGACAUUCUGAAAACCUAUGUGAAAAACAUGGCUGACUCCAUUCGAUUGAUGCUAGACAAAUGGGAACGGCUGGCUGGUCAGGACUCCUCUAUAGAGAUCUUUCAACACAUCUCUUUAAUGACCCUAGACACUGUCAUGAAGUGUGCCUUCAGCCACAAGGGCAGUGUUCAGGUAGAUGGAAAUUACAAGACCUACCUCCAGGCCAUUGGGGACUUGAAUAACCUAGUUCACUCUCGUGUGAGGAAUAUGUUUCAUCAGAAUGAUACUAUCUACAAACUUUCUUCCAAUGGCCGCUUGUCCAACCAAGCUUGUCAACUUGCCCAUGAUCACACAGAUGGAGUGAUCAAGAUGAGAAAGGAUCAGCUGCAGGAUGAGGGAGAGCUGGAAAAUAUCAAGAAGAAGAGACGUUUGGAUUUUCUGGAUAUCCUCUUAUUUGCCAGAAUGGAGAAUGAGGACAGCAUGUCUGACAAGGACCUUCGUGCUGAGGUGGACACAUUCAUGAUCGAGGGCCAUGACACCACAGCCAGUGGAGUCUCCUGGAUCUUCUAUGCUCUGGCCACACACCCUGAGCACCAACAGAGAUGCAGAGAGGAAGUUCAGAGUCUACUGGGGGAUGGAUCCUCUAUCACCUGGGAUCACCUAGACCAGAUUCCCUAUACCACAAUGUGCAUCAAGGAGGCCCUAAGGCUCUACCCACCUGUCCCAAGCAUUGGCAGAGAACUCAGUACAUCUGUCACCUUUCCUGAUGGAUGUUCUUUACCUAAAGGUGUCCAGGUCACACUCUCCAUUUAUGGUCUCCACCACAACCCGAAGGUGUGGCCAAACCCAGAGGUUUGCACCAGACUCUCCCCGACACAGCCACUCAUUCCUGCCCUUCUCAGGAGGAGCCAGGAACUGCAUUGGGAAACAAUUUGCUAUGAGUGAGCUGAAGGUGAUUGUGGCCCUGACACUGCUCCGCUUCGAACUACUGCCAGAUCCUACCAGGGUCCCCAUGUCCUUAGCCCGAUUUGUGCUGAAGUCCAAAAAUGGGAUCUACCUACAUCUCAAGAAGGUCCACUGAUUCUGAUAAGGACAAGGACAGACUCUAUAAACAUACUGCCUGACAUCUUGUCCUGCCACCAUCUUCCUCUCUGUACAUCUUUCUUCACACCUAUUUGUUCCCUGCCUCCUGCUCUCUCUCUCUCUCUCUCUCUCUCUCUCUCUCUCUCUCUCUCUCUCUCUCUCACACACACACACACACACACACACACACACACACCUUGCUCCUCAUUCCCCAUUUGUCUUUCUGUCUCCUGCUACCUAUACCUGAUCAUGAACCUUCUCCCUCCUCCAGCCAUCUCUCCUUGCCUCUCACUUCCUACCAUCUUAUUUUUCCCUACAUGACUUCUUCAUUUUACAAAUAAUCAAUUGUCACAACCUUGGUGGUCUGAAAUAAUUGAAAGUUGUUAUCUUACAGUUGUGGAGCUCCAUGUCUGAGAUGAGUUUCACUGGCAGAAAGCUAAGUUGUUGGUGUGACCAACCUUCUUCAGAAGAGUACUCCAGAGAGUCCUCUCAUCCUCUGUUCAGUAUAGAUCAUCAUUCCUUGGCACUGGAAUAUUCCCCUGCUUCAAUGCCACCACCCUCCUCGUCCUGUCUCUUCUAAUCUCCUUCCCUUUUACAAAUGCUUAUGACAUCAUCAAGAUCCCUAAAAGCUCCAAGAUAUUUUCUUCAUCUAAAUAUAUCUUAUUCAAUCUAACCUACUAAGUUCCUUUUGAAUUAUGAGGAAUUAUUCAAUAUGUACCAUGGGCUCCAAACCCAAGGCCUGAAUGUCAUUGUGAAGCCAUUAUUCAGCCUAGUAUCAUUUUCACAUGACAAUUACCUAAUGUGUUCAUCUAAAUCUACCCUGCAUAGUCUCUCUCUACCCUAUUAAUCCUCACACAAGUUUCUCCAUCUUCCCUCCUUUCUGCAAUAAAGGUCCAAGUGUCAUGCACA